AUGGCUUCAAAAACGCGCGAUCGAUCACACACAUGGAAUUUUGGCAUGAAAGCUCCACUUGAAUCAAUGUUUCAUCUCCCACUUAAUACCAGUGAAGCAGGAAAAUUCGGUUUUUAUCGACUAUAUCUCACUAACCAUGCAUCUGAUACAGACCCAACAUUAUUUGAUAAUUCGGAGGCACCUAUCCUCUUGGAAUCAACAUCGUCAUCAUCAAACGGAAACAGACAAUGGAGACCAUUUGCUAGUUUUGUAACACCUGAUGACUCAAAAUCUUCGACAUUGACAAGUUCACAAUCAUCAAAUUCAAUUUCUACAAUGCAAUCGGACGGAAUUUCUUCAAUGAAUUCUAGUGUUUCGUCAAACACUAAUAGCUCACAAAUACAGCCAAAUCAUUUUGCUCAAUCGGUUCCAUCAUUGGCUGAUAUUGUUAAGAGUGCAAUAAAUAUAGGUCAUUUUGGUGCAACCUUACAGCAGAGUCGACGUUCAUUUAGUGGAACGACAUUAUCAUCAAAAGAUCUCAAUCAUUUAUCUCCUCAAUCAAUGUAA